AUGGUAGACAAAACCACACCAGAGGACAACAAAACUGUCGUCAAUCUUGAUCUGGACGAUAAAGAUAGCAAGAAUGAACAUCAUUCCAACGGGAAUGCACCCACUCAGCUGAUAUUCAAUGGAAGAGAUCUGGAAGGAUCAACUUUAGUUGACGGGCAACAUCAUCAUAAGAUUCCUCCAACGAUGGAAGGAAACUCACUUACACAGGAUAUUGACUCUCAUGUGCAACAGCUCAAAUAUAAUGAUAAUAGAGUAGCGCUAGAUAGGGCGAUUAAUGCUCUUGUUGAUAUAUUGAGGCAGAUGGUAGAGGAAAACAAGAGUCGACCAGUUUUGUACCCAACCACGGACAAUGAUCUUAACGUACUCAAAUUGAACAUUAAAAUGGAACACAGCACCGUUGAAGAUUACUCACGUUUAAACAAAGAUUCUUUGGCACAUUUGCUGAGUGAGAAGGUUACUAACGUGAUUCGCCAUCUCUUCUCGUUGAAGGAUCGUAUCGAUGAUACUGCCUCCAAAGUUUUCGUUACAGGGGAUCUAAACUCCGGAAAAUCUACAUUUUGUAAUGCAUUGUUACGUCGCAAAAUUUUACCGGAAGAUCAACAACCCUGUACCAAUGUAUUCUGUGAAGUUAUCGACCCAAGGGAUAACAACGGGUUGGAGGAAGUACACGCAGUCCCAAUAGGAGUGACAUACAAUAUUAGAGAUGAGUCGACUUAUCAAAUCUUCCCAAUAUCGGAGUUGGAAUCUUUGGUGUAUAAAUCAUCUCUCUAUUCCAUUCUCAAGAUCUAUGUUCAUGACCAAAGACCAAUAGAACAGAGUCUGCUGAAGAAUGGGGUUGUUGAUAUAUCAUUGAUUGAUGCUCCUGGCUUGAACUUGGACUCUUACCAAACAACUCAAGUUUUUUCUCGUCAAGAGGAAAUUGAUUUGGUAGUGUUUGUCGUCAAUGCUGCCGAUUUAUUCACACUUUCUGGUAGAGAGUUUAUUACUGCCGCAGCAAAUGAAAAGAACCUCAUUUUCAUUGUAAUCAACAAAUUCGAUUGUAUUAGAGAUAAACAAAGAUGCAAAGAGAGAAUUUUGAACCAAAUUUCAGAACUGUCUCCUCAAACUCACAAAGACGCCUCAGAAUUUGUUCAUUUUGUCUCAAGUGAAGAGGUUGUAAAUGGGCUACCAGGUCCAAGUGACGAUGGAGAUGAAAACAACGGUCCUGACAAUAGCGGCCGUCCUGAUCCAGAUUUUGAUCACCUAGAAGCCUCUUUGAGAAAGUUUGUGCUUGAGAAAAGAGCGGUUUCGAAAUUGCUUCCAGCAAAGACGUACCUUAUCAACUUAUUAGAUGAUUUGGAUACUGUGUUCAAGUUGAAUGAGCGAUUAUACAAAGAAAACAGGAAUUUACUUCUAAGUCAACUCGAUGAAAUUACUCCGCAAUAUGAAAAGGCCAUGAGUAGCUCAUCCAAGAUCAGUGGCCAUAUUGACCGUCUAAUUGAAACAACUGCUACGGAAUGCUACAACUUUACCCGUGACGCUAUCAAGAACACUAUUGAUAACAUUGAAGAUACCCCGUUGAUUGCAUUUCCAGGUUUGAAUGACAUGUAUCGCUUCACCAAGGAAACAAGAAUGGCACUUGUAGAGAAAGUUUUGGGGUCUACGUUUGAAAUCAUUAGAGAUGUUGGUCGUAAAGCAUUGGAUGAUGACAAUCUGCUAGCAGAUAAGUCCCUUCGUGAUGACUACAUGUUUACUAGCAAGAAACACCAUCAACUAAGAAGAGUCAUCGACGAGGAGAUUUCCAUCAAAGAUUUCUUUGAUCCAAGCUAUGAGCGAUUUAUGCAGGCAAUUGGGCUAUCAGGAACUUUUUCCUCGGUUUCUAAUACUUCGUCACCAAGCUGGUGGGUCCUAUCAGGUAAGCAAGGGCAAAUCUGGAAAAACUCAUUAUCUGCGGUUGCUGUUUACUCUUCUACAAAGAUAUUCCAUAAUGGUCUUUUCAUGGUGAAAAAUUUCGUAUCCAUAAGAGAUGUAUUUAACUGGAGGUUCCUUCAAAAUGUGGUAACACCUCUAUCUAUUGGAAUGGCAAUAGUAUCGGUGUCAUACUUGGUUUACGACAUUCCAACUGCAUUCCAAAGGAAGUCAAUUCAAAGAAUCAAACGUCACUUGGGAUCUACCGAUUACAUUCACAACAACUCAAGUAGAGUAUCAAAAGAAUGUACCAAAGUUCUCAAUUACGCCUCCAGGGAAGUAAUGAACUCUUUCCGUACUUCAAUUGACACCACCGCUGCUAAGAAGGAUAAAAUAAUUUCACAAUUGAAGGACAGCGAACAAAGUGUGCAAUUUUAUCAUCGUCUUUUCCGAUCCAUCCGUACUCAAGGUGAAAUUGUCAGGGGAAUCAAGAUUGACAACUUUUACAGCAGCGUGGACUAA